CAGCAGAAGCAAUUUUGUUUUGGUCCUCAUCCCCCUAGCUAAGUGGCUGGGUGCUCUGUCUCUACGGCCAUAUUUUCACAGAUAGCUCACGGAAAUGAAGAAGUUUUUGGAUGACAUUAAGAAAGACAUUAAAUUUAAAUCCGCGGGACCUGGAAAGAAGCUAACACAAGAUACCAGUACCAAGCCUGAGGUGUUGCAGAGCAGCUCCAGUGCCAAACAUAACCGCCAUGCUCCCAGUGAAGGAGCACAGAGGGCUGGAGCCGCAGCUCUGGCCAGGAUUGAACAGCAGUCCCGGCCGAAGGUCCACACCUCCCAGGACGCCAUUAGGAAUCAGGUUAAAAGGGAACUGGAGGCAGAGGCGGCUGCACUGGCUGAAAAAGAUAAGGCAGCUACAGCAGAGGGAUCCAACGUGCCAGUGAAAGAUCCCGCCUGUCUCUCAGUGUCAGGUGUGUAUUUCACCUGUCCGCUAACUGGAGCCACUUUAACUAAGAGUGAGAGGGAAGUACACAUUAAAGAGGCCAUUUUAAUGAGGUUUGAGGAGGAUGCAGUUGAGGCCUCUGUUAUGAUGAUCCACACAUUUAACAAAGACAAAGAGAAAGUGAAGACUGCUGUCGACAUCAUAAGCAAGUAUGUGGAAAAUAUAUGUAAGUGUCCCACAGAGGAGAAAUACAGGAAGAUUAAACUCAGCAACAAGGUGUUUCAGGAGAAAGUGCGUUCUGUGGAGGGCAGUAGAGAGUUCCUGCAGGCCCUGGGCUUCAUAAGCGUUAUGUUUGCUGUAGAGGGUCAAGAGGAGGAUGAGGAGUUCCUGGUGUUACCAGAGCAGAGUCCCGAUGCCCUGGAGCUGAUGAAGGAGAGGAGGGAUCGUCUUCAGAGUGGAGAGCCAGUCAGAGCUCAGCUGGACAGACAGCCUCAAGCUUUCAGACCGUCUCCCAACGCCCAACGCUUCGAGCUGCCCUCAGAGUUCUACAACCUGACGGCAGAGGAGCUGAAGAGGGAGCAACAGCAGAAGAGUGAUUUAGUGGAGAAGAACGCCAUGCUGCGCACAAAAGCCAUGAGGGAGAAAGAGGAGCAGAGGGAGAGAAGGAAAUACAACUACACCCUGCUCAGGAUCAGACUGCCUGAUGGAAACCUGUUACAAGGGACCUUUUAUGCGUGGGACCGGCUGCCUGUGUUGUUUGGGUUUGUGCGGGAGUCCCUGGUGGACGGGUGGCAGCCCUUUGAGCUCAUUGCUCCUGGAGGUCAAAAACUAGAGGAGGCUGAAGAAGUCGCUCUCGCAGAGCGAAACUUGGUCCCUGCAGCUCUGCUCAUCUUUGCCUGGGAUACAGCUGUGCAGGCAGAUAUUGCAGCUGCAGGUGGAAAGAGCCCCACCCUUCUCAAACCAGAGCUGCUGGAAACCAUUCGGACCCUUAACUGAGCAGACGUACUCUGUCCCUGAACUCUCCCUGCUACCUUCCAGCCUGGCACUUCAGGGUUGAAAUCGCUCCUUACAAACAACUAGUGAUGAGUGUGUUUUUUUUUACAAAUGCUAACUUACGUCAUUAGCAGUGAUAGGCUAAGGGCAUCUUCACCCUAAAUGCGCUUGUUCUGCUGAGCAUACCCCUCUAUCUUCACUGUGGGGAUCGUGUCACCCUGCAGUCUGUCUCAGCAGCACAUUCUGUUGAAGCACAACUAACAGAUUAGAGGAGAAAGCAAGGGAUACGUGUUGUUUUGUGAUGCAUCCUGAAUGUACAUGCUGUGUAGUAAACAGACUCAGCAGUCCUCUGUGCUCUACCCUGCAGUCAACCAGUCAGGUAUACUUCAUGUGGCAUGUUGAGAGACCUUGUUUUAGCUGUCACCACGUCCUCCUUUGUUUUUGUUUUAAGUAAACAGUCCCUCUUGCUUAACAAAAAUAAAAUAUACACAUCUGACUGCACAGUCACAUAGAAUAAAAUCAAGAAUAGGAAACUGUUUUUGAAUUGUAUUUAGUAUUGAAUUGUAUUUAGUAUCUCAGCACCUACAGUAGCUCCUUUGAUUUUAAAAGCUACUGGGUGUUAAUGCACUGGCUUUACUCAAGGCUGGCACUGGCUCAAAAUGCUUUAAAUUUUGUUUGCCAGUGUUCGAGGUUGUCCAAUUGUUUAAUCUGUCAUCUGAUAGACAACUGGUCUGAUUUUGAUAUGAAUCUGGCUCAGUGACCAUAAAUAUACAUAAGCUUCUGUUGUUCGUUUGUCCUCUGCUCUGCAGUGGCCUUGCACUCCUUAGUGUUGUACAACAAACAGGCUUUUGUGGAUGCUCCGAUAAUCAAAAGGUCAAAUGUAAUGACUUUUCUAUGUAUGAGCACAAGCCCAGAUCAUGAAUCAUAAAUCAAAUGUUGUUUUCUGGAUAGUUUGACUUGGUCCAAAGCUGAGGCAAAUAUUUAGAGAUACGGUCCCCAAUAUAGAGAGUUAGACAUGUGCUGUCAAUUCUAAUACCAAAAUAUUUUCUUGUAUUUUAUUUAAAACUUUAUAAAACACUAGGUGUGUAUAGCGCCCUAAAUGUAAAAUUACAGCUAUUUAAUUUAGGUUUGCUGCAGAAACUUCACAUAAGCAACUUUCUCUGGCAUUAAUGUUAAGUGUUUCAGAUCCACCUUUUUUCCUGGAAACGUGUCAUUGAAGGUUAAUACAUUUGUUUUGGUGGUGGUUUUGCUGUAUGAAUAUAUACCAGGCAAAUGUGUAAAAGCUAUUUAUAGCUUGUCUUGCCGGUGGUUAGUUAAGAUGACAACAACCUACCUCUCACCACUCAUCUAAUACAUCCCAAGUGAAAGUUGUAGGGUUUUUUUUCCCCUCACCAUCUUAAACCUGCAUAAAUUUCAGUUGCACACCAAAAACACAACUUGUAACUUCUGCAUGUUAAGAAACAAGCUGAUCUCAAGAAUCGGUUUCAUGAAGGAUUUGAUACACUCCCAGCGUUUGUAAGGUCAUGUAAGUCAUAAGCAACAUUUCUGUACUCCACAGGUAUUCGAUGGAAGGGUGUUAAGUGUUUUAACAGCAUUGUAAUCUUAUUAAAAUAAGCGUGAGCAGUUGUGAUCUGUCCAGAUGUUCUGAGUUGUUCUAUUGCUUUUUAACCCGCCUGUUAAA